GCACGCAUAACAGCCGUGGUGAUUAUGGCGGUCCUGAGCGGCGCGCAGAUCCCCGACGGGGAGUUCACCGCGGUCGUGUACCGGCUCAUCCGCGAUGCCCGCUACGCUGAGGCGGUGCAGCUGCUGGGCCGAGAGCCGCAGCGGAGCCCUAGGACUCGCGCAGGCCUGUCGCUGCUAGGCUACUGCUACUACCGCCUGCAGGAGUUCGCGCUGGCGGCCGAGUGCUAUGAGCAGCUGGGCCAGCUGCACCCGGAACUGGAGCAGUACCGCCUGUACCAGGCCCAGGCCCUGUACAAGGCCUGCCUUUAUCCGGAGGCCACCCGGGUCGCCUGCCUUCUCCUGGAUAACCCCGCGUACCACAGCCGGGUCCUCCGCCUGCAGGCUGCCAUCAAGUACAGUGAGGGUGAUCUGCCGGGGUCCAGGAGCCUGGUAGAGCAGCUGCUGAGUGGGGAAGAGGGAGAAGAAAGUGGGGGCGAGAAUGAGACCGAUGGCCAGGUCAGCCUGGGUUGUUUGCUGUACAGGGAGGGGCAGUAUGAAGCUGCAUGCUCCAAGUUUUUUGCCGCCCUGCAGGCUUCGGGCUACCAGCCUGACCUUUCCUACAACCUGGCUUUGGCCUAUUACAGCAGCCGACAAUAUGCCUCAGCGCUGAAGCAUAUCGCUGAGAUUAUUGAGCGGGGUAUCCGACAGCACCCUGAGCUAGGUGUGGGCAUGACCACUGAGGGCAUUGAUGUUCGCAGUGUUGGCAACACCUUAGUCCUCCACCAGACUGCUCUGGUGGAAGCCUUCAACCUUAAGGCAGCUAUAGAAUACCAACUGAGAAACUAUGAGGCAGCUCAAGAAGCCCUCACUGACAUGCCACCCAGGGCAGAGGAAGAGUUGGACCCUGUGACCCUACACAACCAGGCACUAAUGAACAUGGAUGCCAGGCCUACAGAAGGGUUUGAAAAGCUACAGUUUUUGCUCCAACAGAAUCCCUUUCCUCCAGAGACUUUUGGCAACCUGUUGCUGCUCUACUGUAAAUAUGAGUAUUUUGACCUAGCAGCAGAUGUCCUGGCAGAAAAUGCCCAUUUGAUUUAUAAGUUUCUCACACCCUAUCUCUAUGACUUCUUGGAUGCCAUGAUCACUUGCCAGACAGCUCCUGAAGAGGCUUUCAUUAAGCUUGAUGGGCUAGCAGGGAUGCUGACUGAGGUCCUCCGGAAACUCACCAUACAAGUACAGGAAGCAAGACACAAUAGAGAUGAUGAAGCUAUCAAAAAGGCAGUGAAUGAAUAUGAUGAAACCAUGGAGAAGUAUAUUCCCGUGUUGAUGGCUCAGGCAAAAAUCUACUGGAACCUUGAAAAUUAUCCAGUGGUGGAAAAGAUCUUCCGCAAAUCUGUGGAAUUCUGUAACGACCAUGAUGUGUGGAAGUUGAAUGUGGCUCAUGUUCUGUUCAUGCAGGAAAACAAAUACAAAGAAGCCAUUGGUUUCUAUGAACCCAUAGUCAAGAAGCAUUAUGAUAACAUCCUGAAUGUCAGUGCUAUUGUGCUGGCUAAUCUCUGUGUUUCCUACAUUAUGACAAGUCAAAAUGAAGAAGCAGAGGAAUUGAUGAGGAAGAUUGAAAAGGAGGAAGAUCAGCUGUCUUAUGAUGACCCAAAUAGGAAAAUGUACCAUCUCUGCAUUGUGAAUUUGGUGAUAGGAACUCUUUAUUGUGCCAAAGGAAACUAUGAGUUUGGUAUUUCUCGAGUUAUCAAAAGCUUGGAGCCUUAUAAUAAAAAGCUGGGAACAGAUACCUGGUAUUAUGCCAAAAGAUGCUUCCUGUCCUUGUUAGAAAACAUGUCAAAACACGCAAUCAUGCUUCGUGAUAGUGUUAUUCAAGAAUGUGUCCAGUUUCUAGAACACUGUGAACUUCAUGGCAGAAACAUACCUGCUGUUAUUGAACAACCCCUGGAAGAAGAGAGAAUGCAUGUUGGAAAGAAUACAGUCACAGAUGAGUCUAGGCAGUUAAAAGCUUUGAUUUAUGAGAUUAUAGGAUGGAAUAUAUAGUAAUAGCUGAUAAUGGCAUUUAUCAAAUGGCUUUGUUCUAUAAAUUUGCAUUGCUUUAUUUAACCUUUGGCAUCUUUAUAUUUGUUACAUGUUGAACUUUGUACACUAUGCAAUAUAAAAAAAAAAGUAGCCAAAACUUUUGCUGUUACAUUUCCCAGAAAGUGAAACAUUCUAAGAACUUUUACCCCAGGGGUUAUGAAAAAUUCCAAACUUAUGAAGAAUGUUUCUAUCAGAAGUUGUAAUACCUUUGUUUCCUUUCCUCUGUAACCUUGUGCUCUGAUCUCUCUUCAGGGGCCUUUGCACAAGGAUUACAUCAUUCAGGGACCAAGCACUAUCUCAGUAAUAGUUAGGAGUAGUCUUUAAAUAACCAUUUCAGGGAUUGUGUGUUCUAGUCUCACAAUUUACACUCAUUAAUUUGUAAUGCAUACUUUUUAUAUAGACUUUAGGAUACUUUGGCAGUGUUUUUUAAUAUGGAUAUAAUGCUUUAUCUAACCAAAAUGCCUUAGGGUAUAAGUGGGGUUUUUUUUUUUUUUAAACGGGCAAAAGUCAGUAAAAAAUUUUGUAGCUUUAAUAAAAUUAUGAUGCUAUAAUGUAGACACAAUGAACAAUUAUCAAAGAACAAA